GCUCCCACACUCAAUUCUACUCUGUCAAUCCUGAUCACUUUGAUUACGAAAACCUUCCAAACUAAUCGCGCCAAUUAGAACAAAUCAACCGAUUGACAUCAUGAAGCUCUUCCUAAUCCUCAUCAUAUGUGCUUCGGCAAUCUCAAGUAGCUUUGCCUACGAUCCUAGCCCCCUCCAGGACAUUUGCGUGGCUAUAGCUGAGCCCGAAAAUGCUGUGUUUGUGAAUGGAAAAUUUUGCAAGAACCCAAAUCUUACAGUGGCCGAGGAUUUCCUCUUCCAAGGGCUCAAUAUUCCUGGCAAUACCAAUAACAAGCUCGGGUCAAAAGUGACCCCUGUCACCGUUGACCAGCUCCCAGGGCUCAACACCUUAGGCAUCUCUUUGGCCCGCAUCGACUUCGCUCCUUACGGCCUGAACCCACCCCACACCCACCCUCGUGGAACUGAGUUCCUCGUAGUUCUCGAGGGCGAGCUCUAUGUGGGGUUUGUCCUGUCGAACCAGCUAGCAAACAGGCUCAUCACCAAAGUAUUGAAGCCUGGAGAUGUGUUUGUGUUCCCGAUCGGCAUGAUCCACUUCCAGCUCAACGUGGGGAAGACCAACGCUGUCGCAUUUGCAGGCUUGAGUAGCCAAAACCCCGGUGUCAUAACAAUCGCUAAUGCCGUGUUCGGAGCUAAGCCCCCAAUUAACCCGGAUGUCUUGAUCAAGGCAUUCCAGGUGGACAAGAAAGUUGUUGAUUAUCUCCAAUCCCAGUUUUGGUACGACAACAACUAAAACUCAAAGGAUGGAGAUGGAAAGAGGAUAUAUAUAUAUAUCCGUCAAAUUAUAAUAAAUUAGACUGUGGUAUGUAUGCCUUCCUAAAUAAAGAUUAUAUGUUCGAUGAUUCUUAUUAUAUGAUUUUAUGUUCAUUUGAGGUGGAAAAA